CCUCUUGUCAAUUGACUCAACUCAAAUCUCAAAUUCAAUUGUUAAAUCAAAUUAAAUGUAAACCGCAAAAGCAAAUAAAUUUAAUAAAGGUAGCGUUUGAUUUCUUAUGUUACAGAGUUUGCAAACUAGCUUUAUAAAUUGAAUUUAUCUAAUGAGUAAAUCAAAAGUAUCGGCAGAAUGGAAGAAACGAGUAAAAUCGGAAUAUAUGAGGCUUCGUCAAAUGAAGAGAUUCAAACGAGCGGACGAAGUAAAAGUUGCCUGGGCGCGAAACUUGCGUAUAAUGUCAGAGGCGAUAGAGACGCGUGAAUCGGAGACUGCGGAACGGGGUCGUCGGCCUUUUUGGCCUCCUCCAUCGCCUAGUCCUAGCCACGAGAGUCUCAUGAAAAGAGCUGAAGUUACAUAUACUGAUUCAUCUGGAGUUGUAACAACACAACAAGUGCCUAUCCGUAUUAUAAACUCUGUGAACCCUAUACCCACUAUGUACACAUGGGCACCGACUCAGAAGAACUUCAUGGUGGAGGAUGAGACAGUGCUUCACAAUAUUCCAUACAUGGGGGAUGAGGUGCUGGAUCAGGAUGGGACAUUCAUUGAGGAGCUCAUUAAGAACUAUGAUGGAAAAGUUCACGGUGACAAAGAAGGAGGUUUUAUAGAUGACCAGCUGUUUGUGGAUCUGGUGCAUGCACUUAUGACAUAUCAGACAAAAGAUGAAGUUGCCGAAGAAAGGAAGGAGAGGGAACUACGGAACUCUAAAGAAGAGAAAGAUAAAGAUACAAGUAAAGAAGGUAAAGAGAAGGAAAUAGAAGAAGUCAAGGAUGGUGAGAAGAAAGCAGUUGUUGAUAAGCAGUUCCCGAUCUUCACAAUAUUCCAAGCUAUCAGCUCACAGUUCCCAGACAAGGGCACAGCUCAAGAACUGAGGGAAAAAUACGUGGAGCUGACGUCCCUGCGCGACCCGGACGCGCUGCCGCCGGAGUGCACGCCCAACAUCGACGGGCCCCUCGCGGAGUCCGUGCCGCGCGAGCAGACCAUGCACUCCUUCCACACGCUCUUCUGCCGCCGCUGCUUCAAGUACGACUGCUUCCUGCACCGUUUACAAGCGUGCCACCCCGGACCCAACCUGAGCAAGCGCAAGGGGCCCGACCUCAAGCCCUUCGCGGAGCCCUGCGGGUCCAGCUGCUACAUGCUCCUGGAGGGCAUGCGCGAGAAGCUGGCGCGCGAGCAGGCGGCGGGCGAGGAGGAGUCGGGCAAGGCGCACGCCAUCGACUCCCCCAACGACGCCUCCUCCGAGGACAGCAACGACAGCAACAGAUACCAGAAAGGCAGCAACAGCAACUCCAGCAAUAGCAACUGGAGCUCCAACGGCGUGGGCAAGCCUGCCGACCCCGCCCCGCCCGCUGACCCCGCCUACAACGCGCUCGGGCUGACGGUGGGCGACAUCGAGUCGGAGUGGACGGGCUCGGACCAGUCGCUGUUCCGCGCGCUGCACAAGGUCUUCCCCUCCAACUACUGCGCGCUCGCGCAGCUCAUGCUGUCCAAGACCUGCCAGCAGGUGUACUCGUACUGGAUCCGCACGGGGCAGGAGGAGUGCCGCGUGGAGGCGGAGCUGACUCCUCCGCGCAAGAAGAAGAAGAAGCACCGGCUGUGGUCCGUGCACUGCCGCAAGAUACAGCUCAAGAAGGACUCCGCCUCGCACCACGUGUACAACUACACGCCGUGCGACCACCCCAACCAGCCCUGCGACAGCAUGUGCCCCUGUCUGCAGUCGCAGAACUUCUGCGAGAAGUUCUGCCAGUGCAGCAGCGACUGCCAGAACCGUUUCCCGGGGUGUCGGUGCAAGGCGCAGUGCAACACGAAGCAGUGUCCCUGCUACCUCGGCGUGCGCGAGUGCGACCCCGACCUGUGCGUGGCGUGCGGCGCCGACGCGCCCGCGCCCGGCCCCGCGCCCGCCCCGCGCCACGCGCCCCACGCGCCCCACGCGCACGUCUACUGCCGCAACGUCUCCGUGCAGAGGGGUCUGCACAAGCACCUGCUGCUGGCGCCGUCGGACGUGGCGGGCUGGGGCAUCUUCCUGAAGGAGGCGGCGCACAAGAACGAGUUCAUCUCGGAGUACUGCGGCGAGAUCAUCUCGCAGGACGAGGCGGACCGCCGCGGGAAGGUCUACGACAAGUACAUGUGCUCCUUCCUCUUCAACCUCAACAACGACUUCGUGGUGGACGCGACGCGGAAGGGCAACAAGAUCCGGUUCGCGAACCACUCCAUCAACCCCAACUGCUACGCCAAGGUGAUGAUGGUGAACGGAGACCACCGCAUCGGCAUCUUCGCCAAGCGCGCCAUACAGCCCGGGGAGGAGCUCUUCUUCGACUACAGAUACGGGCCGACAGAGCAGCUGAAGUUCGUGGGCAUCGAGCGGGAAAUGGAAUUCUUAUGAGAACAAAGCAAACAGUGACUUGUGUCACUGGCGCUGAGUCCCCACUGCGAAACAUCCACAGAGACAUGUUUGCAAUGAACAUUUUGUUAGUGGAGACAAACUCGUCAACAAGUGCCUUGUGACGUGACUCGCGUCUGACUUUUUGUAUUAUUUAAAUAUAACGUGAUAUUUGUAACAAUGUAUUCUUGUAGUUUUAAGAAUUUGACAAUUAAAUUGCUACAUUUUAAAAA